CGCCAGCGAACCGGGCCGGUGGCGCCCGCGUCCGAUACCCAGCGCCGGACCCAGAGGCAGCGAGUGAGUGAGUCCGCUUCACGCCAGCGCCCCUCCCAGCUCCGAUCUGCCUCCGUGCCGGCUGCGUCGCGCGAGAACACUGCAGGCUGGGAUGGCUCCGACGGCCCCUGCAAAGUCGCGAAGCUGGUUUGGGCGCAGUCCCUACUAUGAGAGCAAGGCACCUGGCCCCUUCAGACCGGGCCUUGGAGGGUCCCAGGCCUGAGGACCCAACAGCUCCUCACACCCCUGGAAAGGCAAGCACAGCCUGCACUGUGUACCCCGACUUAGCUAUGGCGAAGCUGGAGACGCUGCCUGUGCGUGCUGAACCAGGACGGGACCCACUCCUGGCCUUUGCCCCGCGGCCCGCUGAACUUGGACCCCCGGACCCCCGCCUGGCCAUGGGCAGUGGGGUGACCCACGCCCAGGAGUUUGCCAUGAAGAGUGUGGGCACCCGCACAGGGGUUGGGGGCAGCCAGAGUGGUUUCCCAGGUCCCCGUGGUGGAGGUGGCAGUGGUGGCAGGGAAAGGCCAGGCCGCUGCCCCUCGGAAGACAAGGCUCUCGCCAACUCCCUCUACCUCAACGGCGAGCUGCGGGGCAGUGACCACACCGAUGUCUGUGGCAACGUGGUGGGCAGCAGCGGGGGCAGCAGCAGCAGCGGCAGCAGUGACAAGGCCCCGCCACAGUAUCGUGAGCCCAGCCACCCACCCAAGCUCCUGGCCACCUCUGGCAAGCUAGACCAGUGCUCAGAGCCACUAGUCCGGCCAUCUGCCUUCAAGCCUGUUGUACCCAAGAACUUCCACUCCAUGCAGAACUUGUGUCCCCCACAGAGUAACGGGACCCCGGAGGGACGACAAGGCCCCGGAGGCCUCAAGGGUGGACUGGACAAGUCCAGGACCAUGACCCCAGCGGGCGGGAGUGGGGGUGGCCUCUCUGAUUCUGGCCGGAACUCACUCACCAGCCUGCCCACCUACAGCUCGAGCUACAGCCAGCACCUGGCACCCCUCAGUGCCUCCACCAGCCACAUCAACCGCAUUGGCACUGCCAGCUACAGCAGCAACAGCAGUGGUGGGGGGUCGGGCUACCAGGACCUGGGAACCUCAGACAGCGGGCGGGCCUCCAGCAAGAGCAGCUCAUCCACAGCCACCUCUGUGGGGCGGCCUGGCCACUUGGGAUCGGGAGAGGGAGGAGGUGGAGGCCUACCCUUUGCAGCCUGCUCCCCGCCCUCUCCCAGCACCCUGAUCCAGGAACUGGAGGAACGGCUGUGGGAGAAGGAGCAGGAGGUGGCAGCUCUGCGGCGCAGCCUGGAGCAGAGCGAGGCGGCUGUGGCCCAGGUUCUGGAAGAGCGGCAGAAGGCGUGGGAACGGGAGCUAGCUGAGCUUCGGCAGGGCUGUAGUGGGAAGCUGCAGCAGGUGGCCCGCAGGGCCCAGCGUGCCCAGCAGGGCCUCCAGCUGCAGGUGCUGAGGCUGCAGCAGGACAAGAAGCAGUUGCAGGAGGAGACGGCACGGCUGAUGCGGCAGCGUGAGGAGCUGGAGGACAAAGUGGCCGCCUGUCAGAAGGAGCAGGCCGACUUCCUGCCCCGCAUGGAGGAGACCAAGUGGGAGGUGUGCCAGAAAGCCGGCGAGAUUUCCCUCCUGAAGCAGCAGCUGAAGGACUCGCAGGCCGAUGUGUCGCAGAAGCUGAGUGAGAUUGUGGGGCUGCGCUCGCAGCUGCGUGAAGGCCGCGCCUCGCUGCGGGAGAAGGAGGAGCAGCUGCUCAGCCUGAGGGAUUCCUUCGGCAGCAAACAGGCCAGCCUGGAGCUGGGCGACGGUGAGCUGCCCACGGCCGCCUGCCUCAAGCCGCCACUCACCCCCGUGGACCCGGCCGAGCCUCAGGAGGCGGUGCUGGCCACCUGCGAAAGCGAUGAGGUCAAGAUGCGCCGACAGGCUGGGGUGGCCGCCGCCGCCUCCCUGGCCUCGGUGGACGGGGAGGCGGAUGCCAGCGGGGAGAACGGGACGAGGGCUCUGCGGCGGGAGGUGGGGCGGCUGCAAGCCGAGCUGGCUGCCGAGCGGCGCGCCCGGGAGCGCCAGGGCGCCAGCUUCGCCGAGGAGCGCCGCGUGUGGCUGGAAGAGAAGGAGAAGGUCAUCGAGUACCAGAAGCAACUGCAGCUGAGCUACGUGGAGAUGUACCAGCGCAACCAACAGCUGGAGCGGCGGCUGCGCGAGCGCGGGAGUGCUGGGGGCGCCAGCACACCCACCCCGCCGCACGGUGACGACAAGAAGGCCUGGACGCCCUCCCGCCUCGAGCGCAUCGAGUCUACAGAGAUCUGAUCCACUCGCCACCUGGGCAUUCGGCCUCCCGACCCGCACCCUGUCGGGAGGCUGGGUCCCCACCGUCCCCUCUUUUCUCCUCUCCAUCGCUUUUCCCAUCCCCACCCCAUGUGCCCCAUGUCCCCAGACCAAAGAGGUUCUCAAAGCAGCUGUGACCAAGUUCCUCCCUGCACUGUAGGGUGCUCUCCCAGCUCCAGCCCUGUCACCCGCCACCCUAGGGGGGAGGGGGUGGCCCUCCCAGACCCUCCUGGUCAGGAGGGAAUGGAGGAGGAGGGCAGAGCCAGUCGGUCGAGGGCCCAGGCAGCAGGAGAGUAGUGCUCCCUUUCUUGGCACCCCUUGUUGGAGAUGGAGGCGACAGGCCUGCAGUGCCACGAGGUGGCCCAACCCCUCUGGGUGGGGGUCUGGGUUACUUCUGUCGGCCACUUGGCAUCCACUGAGCGUCUCUGCGCUCGCCUCCUAGGCCAGGAACCCUUGAAGGGGUCAACACAAGGUCUGCCAAAGGUGGCAGACCCUGGACCUCCUUCCUGGGCAGACUGGCAAGACGAGAGGGAGCAGAUGGCCUGCCCGUGGUUGAGAGGGCUACCUGUCCAGCCCCUCCCCGCCUCCCCCUCCCCCAAGGUCUCUUGGGGUCAGGCCUCAGAGGCUGGCCUGGUCCUGAGUGUGUGUGCGCGCGUCCCUAAUGUGUGUGUUGGGGGGAGGGCAGGGCUGGGGGCUGGAAACCCUCCCGUUCUUGGCUCGACUCUCACCCUUUUGGCCACAAGCCCGCAGCACAACAGCCCUACCUGCUUGGCUGACCCCACACCCAGGACCCCCGUCCAGCUCUUAGCACAGCUAUGAAAUGCUGCUUGCCUCCCAGCACUCUUCUCAGGCUGAGUGUGAAGGCUGUCUUCCUGUGUUUUGUCCCCUCCAUUCUCCCAGCCUCCCUCUGCUUUCACGCUCAGAACAUCCUCUUCCCAGGCUGCCUGGCUCCCCUCAGCCCUUAAAAAACAAAACAAAAAACUCCCCUUUUUCUUCUGGUAGAAAAAUCCUGUUCGACCUUCGGUGCACUGCCCACUUCUCAGCUCCACUGGCCCUUGUUUUGGGGGCUGGGAGGGGAGGAUUGGAUGAGAUUCCUGUUGAAGAAUGAGGCUGAGCUGAGAGUGACCGUGGACUCUCCACUCCCAGAUCCCACAUCUGCCCAGGGAAAGGCCUGGCAUGGCCAUCAGUAGGGGUUGGCACAGCUGAUGCCACUUCCUUCUCUUGGAACCCUCAGAGUCCACUUCCUAAGACAGGAAGGGAAACAAAUUUCUAAUUCACCAGCAAUAAAAAUCGGAGGUGGCAUGGCCCUCAGCCCUUGUAUUUCUCUCCUAAACUCUCUCUUCCUCCCACCCUCAAGACUGAGUUUGGGGGGGUACAGGGUAGAGAGAGCUGGCGACUACUGUGAGCAAGUCCCCCCAGCCUCGACCAGCCUCCUCCAUGACUGGUGACUGUUUCAAGUGCUGUGUGUCCCCCACAAAGACAAAAGUGCCCCUCCACGUGGCCUCUAAUUUUGCACACCCCCUUCCCGGGGCGCCUCAACAGGUCUCUUAGCCUGGAAAGAGGCCACCCUGGCAACCACUGCCUGGUCCGUUCAUCUUUCACUGCCCCUAGGCUUGGGCCACAGGGGCUAGGAGAAGAGAAGGCAUUAGUAGGGAAAAAAAAAAAAAUAGAAAAACAAAUAUGAACAGUCUCAGCUUUGAGAUGUCCAAUUACAAAAUAAAUUAUAUAUAAAAAUAUAUAUAUAUAUAAAUAUAUAUCUCUACCAUAUGUGAUGGAAAGACUUCGUUUUCCUUUCCCAAAGAAAUAAACUGGAGAAAAGCCUCUUGG